UCCUCCUUGCUCUUCCUUCCGGUCGGUGUGUUCACGCCGCCGCCCUUUCGCCUCCUACCGCGCAUGCCUAGUCAAGCCCCAGCUGGUGACGUCGGUAGGCUAACGGUCCUUGCAGAGAGGGACGCCCUCCGGACCGGAAAUCGUGCUCGUGGCUGGGCUGCCCACUGCCCCCCAUCCUCACAGUGACCAGUGCUAAACUGACUUGGAUAAUGGAGAAGAUGGUAAGAAGACAGUGUGCAUUUUGCCCAGAGGAUGAAGAAUGUGCCAUUAUGUAUAUUGCUGAAGGAAAGAAUCUUGCAGUUCAUCAAGACUGUUUGUUAUAUUCCUCAGGAUUUGUGGAAUCUGAAGAACAUAACCCUGAUAAUCUUAAUAUAAGGUUUGAUGUGACCUCAGUAGUUAAUGAAAUAAAGAGAGGAAAGAGGCUGAUGUGCAGUUUCUGUCGCAAGAAAGGAGCCACUGUUGGCUGCGAGAUAAAAAACUGUCGCAGAAGUUAUCAUUAUUUCUGUGCAUUGUGUGAUGAUGCUGCAGUAGAAACAGAUGAAAUGCAAGGCAUUUACCGAGUUUUCUGCCCAAAUCAUGACCCAUUCAAGAAGACUAGCCUUUAUGAUGAAGACAGUAAGAGGGAAAGGCCCUCAAUCGUAAUGAAACCUUCCUCUACUAGAAAGAAAAUGAGUGAUAUGGAGACAGUUGCAGAAGAGACCCUAGAAUUUCUCAAGAAAAAACACGAUCGACAUAAAGUAAGAAUAGACUUUUUGAGGAAGUGCAAGCAGGCUGGGCUUCUUGAUGAAAUCUUUGAGGAAAUGUUAGACACUCUUCACCAGGCACAGGAAAAGCUGAUGGACGACAACACUUCAGAAGCAGAAUAUGAAGAAACAGUAAUAUCACUCUUUGACUGUGGCCUCUUUGAAAAUAUACUUACAACUGCUCAUUCUGGAAUAGAAGAAAAGAAGCAAGCAUUACUGGCUAACCGGAACAGACUGGAUAGCCAAAUUGAACGUCUAAAAGAUUUGCAAGAAGUAGUACUGCCUACCCCAGAAGACACAGCUAGUACAUCUCACUGUGUGGCUGAAUCACCCGCCUCCACUUUGUACGAUUCCUCAUGUCCGGUUCUUGCAUAAACAAGACUUUAAGAUGCAGG